CCCGCCCACAGCAGUCGUGCAUUUCAUUUGGGUUUUACACGGUUACACUCCAGUUUCAGUGUUUUAAAAAAGUGAAUGAAGAAAACCCCCCCAGAGCCAGGAUGCUGUCUUUGGCCACAUCAGGCCAAACGGGAGCCCGCCGAUUUGUGACCGCGACUGGAGGCAGAUUUAUGAGGGAUGGCAGGCGCUCGUUUACCCGUUUGCCAGAAUUUGCCCCCAUGGCAAAAAAUAUGGGCCGGUGCUUUUCCCGACCCGUCUUCCACCACUGCAGAUGCUUCAGUGCAACAGGUGCUCGAAGGAACACUUCAUCAGCUACAGCCAAUCAGAAAACACCGUCCUACAGCUACGUCAUCAUUGGGGCAGGGUCAGCGGGCUGCGUCCUUGCCAACCGUCUCAGUGAGGAUGCCCAUGAGUCUGUGCUGCUUCUGGAGGCUGGUCCUAAGGACAUGUUGCUAGGCAACUUAAAACUGUCAUGGAAGAUCCACAUGCCGGCUGCGUUGACCUACAACCUCUGUGAUGACAAGUAUAACUGGAACUACCACACUUUAGCCCAGGCCCACAUGGACAACAGGGUGCUGUACUGGCCGAGGGGCCGCGUCUGGGGCGGGUCCUCCUCUCUCAACGCCAUGGUGUACAUCCGCGGACACGCUGAAGACUACAACCGCUGGCAAAGGGAGGGGGCCGAGGGCUGGGAUUACGAACACUGCCUGCCUUACUUUAGGAAAGCUCAGUGUCAUGAGCUGGGAGAAAACAGGUACCGGGGGGGCAGCGGACCUCUUCAUGUGUCCAGAGGGAAGACCAACCAUCCUCUUCACCAAGCUUUUAUUGAGGCGGGGCAACAGGCAGGAUACCCCUUCACGGAUGACAUAAACGGACACCAACAGGAGGGCUUGGGCUGGAUGGACAUGACCAUUCAUAAAGGAAAGAGGUGGAGCACAGCCAGCGCCUACCUGAGACCCGUCCUGCGUCGACCCAACCUGAAGACGGAGGUGCGCUGCCUGACCACCAAGAUCCUGUUUGAUGGCAACCGUGCCGUUGGUGUAGAGUACACACAAAAAGGACAAACGAAAAGGGUAUUCGCCGAUAAAGAGGUGAUAUUAAGCGGGGGAGCCAUUAACUCCCCUCAGCUUCUCAUGCUGUCUGGGGUGGGAAACGCUGAUGACCUGAAACAACUCGGUAUCGCUGCGGUUCAGCACUUACCAGGCGUUGGCAGUAACCUGCAGGAUCAUUUGGAGUUGUACAUCCAGCAGCAGUGCACUCAGCCCAUCACCCUGUACAAGGCCCAGAAACCUUUCCUCAUGGUUAAGAUAGGCCUGGAGUGGCUCAGUCUGUUCACUGGUUACGGAGCAACAGCCCACUUGGAGAGCGGAGGGUUCAUCCGCAGUCGACCACAUGUCGCACACCCCGACAUCCAGUUUCACUUCCUGCCCUCACAGGUCAUCGACCACGGCCGAGUUGCCUCUAAGAUCGAGGCGUAUCAGGUUCAUGUUGGACCAAUGAGGAGCACCAGCAUCGGCUGGAUGAAGCUGAAGAGCGCCAACCCUUUGGACCACCCGAUCCUCCAGCCAAACUACCUCUCCAACGAUGAUGAUUUGUGGGAUUUCAGGGAGUGUAUCAAACUCUCCAGAGAGAUUUUUACCCAGAAGGCCUUCGACCCGUUCCGUGGUCCCGAAAUCCAGCCUGGUCCUCAGGUCCAAUCCGACGCCGACAUUGACGAUUUCAUCCGCCAAAAAGCUGACAGCGCUUACCACCCUUCCUGCACCUGCAAGAUGGGCUCGCCAUCCGACCCGACGGCGGUCGUCGACUCCAGUGUGCGCGUUCUGGGGCUCGAGCGGCUGCGCGUGGUCGACUCCUCCAUCAUGCCCAGCAUCGUCAGCGGCAACCUGAACGCUCCGACCAUCAUGAUGGCAGAGAAGGCCGCCGACAUCAUCAGAGGUCGCCGUCCUCUCGUUGACCCGGGGGUUCCCGUGUACCAACCUCCGACACUCGCCACGCAGCGAUCAGCAGAGGGAACGAGUUCAGGGUGAACAACGCAAUGAUCGCCGUAUUCUGUGUUUGACCAGGAGCUGAUCAAUUUCAGUAUUAGAUGUGUAGUCACAGGCCAACAACAAUUAUGAAGGGUUGACCUACACGUUUUCAAUUCAAAGCCAUAAUGAUAUGUUAAUUUUAGCAGUUUACAUGUGAAAUUCUUAUUUAAUUUAGUCUUGGUGCUCCAGGAUGGCAUGAAGUGGAAACAUGCUGAGCAAUUGCAACUGCGUUGUGAACAUGAUGGUAAAGUGCUUCUUGGAAAUGUUGACAGCUGUACUCGUGUAGAUUCCCCUCACAUCUGUGUAUCAGCGGAAAGGUUUUAUCAGCUGAAGCAAUUCCAGUAAAAUGAAGCGAACAUGGAAAAGGUAUUGGGCAAUAGCAGAAUGAACGGGAGUAAUGCAUUAUUAACUAGAACGGGCACUCGGUAGAGCGCAUACCUUCGCAUACCACAAGAUUGGGCAUUGAAUUAUGAACAUUUUGGCAUUAGUUGCAUGCCAAUUGAAUAAAAAUUGACCGCGCUGUGGUAAAAAAAAGUUUUUGACCUUUUCAUGACUGACCUGAUCGAUCCCAAAAUCUAAUCAAAUGGUCCCCGAAUAAUAACCAAUCAUCCCACCAAAUUUCAUGCGAUUCGGUUUCAUACUUUUUUAGUUAUGAGAGUAACACGCAUACAAAUAAAUAAAUACACGGCGAUCAAAACAUUACCUUCCGCAUUUUGAAUGCGAAGGUAAUUAUAGCUCACAGCCUGUAGUUGCCUUUUGGUUCAGGGUGGUUUGCCAGCUAUUUUAUCUCAGUAGCAGGACAUGCAAAUAAUAGCUCAGCGUAUCUGGCGAGUGUGGUGCUGAAAGACUCUUAGUGCAAAAUAUACAUACAAGAGCUCUCAAUUUCACUGUUUAUACAAUUGUUCUUAUUGUAUCGUGGAUGUUUGCAGAGAAGCUUUUGAAGAGUAUUGUUUGUAUCUGAUCAGAUGAGACCACCUGUGCCUGUGAAGUCAUCGUGUUCAUGACGUGUGCUGGUUCAGUCCAGACAGGAAAGAUACACGUUAAGUAUAUUUUAGAAACAGCCUCACUGAACAGUCUUUAAAUUAAAUGUUUUUAUUAUAAACACUAAUAUCUGCUAGAAUUAAUAGAAUUGUGUCUUACACAAUCUUGCACUACUCUAUUAAGUAUCUUUAUUACAGUGACAAUUAUUGUUUACAUUUUAUGCAGUGUUGUGCUAUAUUACAUGAAUGUUUGAAUCGUUUGGGUCCUAAUGAAGGAAAAUGAUUGUUCUUAUUGUGUUAGUUGUAAACAAACACAAGAAGCUGUUCUGACCUUGUCCUCGUGACUUUAUUCAGUGAUUCUUACCAAAAUUAUCAUCAGGUUCAUUGUCAAGAAUUAAAAUGUACAAAACAGGGUUUUUUGUUUUCCAUUGGUACAAAAUCUAUAAGGUACUAGUACUUGUGCUACAGAGUAGAUAGAGUUAUAUAUUUUUGAUUUCCAUACAACAAAUGGAUAGAAAGCAGAAGUCAUCACUUUUUAUUAACACUAUACAGAUUCUAUACAUUGUCAUUUCAUAGAUGUCUGUCAGGCAGUGGACCAGUACAAAAAAUAAAGCUGUCAGCUGUUUUUGUCACUGCUUCUUCUGAUAAAAGUCUAAAUGUUGAUGCAUUUUGAUACUAGUACUGUGAAUAAGCAGCAGGUGAAUAUUUGUACUGGUGUUGCUGGCUGUCAGUUAUUCUCUCUUUGAUUGUAUUGACUCAAAAUAAACUGGACUGUACAGUCA